AUGUACAUGUACAAUGUGUACAACAUCCUAGCAAAUAGGCGAGUCCCGACCCAAGCGAGAUUGCCUAGGCUGGCGGUGGCGUUUGUUGGUGCCCAAGGAAGGGGCGGUUUCCACUGCGCCGCAAAAGUUCACAAUUGGCGUCCAAAGUGGGGCCUCUUCAAAAGUGACAGGUACGAUAGGAGCCGUAACGAAACUUUCCUAAAUUUUUUAGUUGACAGGGCUGGUUCUACGGAAAAUAUUUUAGAAUCUAGGUAUCGAGUAGGCCAACAGUUGUACCGGAGGCAAUUGUUUGUAAAACUUUUCCAGGUUUUUUGGGUGAAGGGUUUAAUCAUGAGCAGAGUUUUAAGUCAGCGGAAUCCGUGCCAGAACAAGUUUCACAGGUUGGUCCGACAUCAUGAGCUGUUGAAACCAGGCAGGUUUGAUGGCGCCGGGUGUCUCAAAAUUUUUCUUAGAAGGAUCGAGAUAUGUACUAGAUAUAACCAAUGGAGUUUAAACGACAUGGAAGCGUAUUUAUCUUGUUCGUUAACCGAUGAAGCUGCAGAAUUUCUUAGGAACAUAGCAGGACUAGUAAAAAAUUUAACGUCGUUGGCUUACCCGAGCGAACAGUCAAAGUUGGCGAUACAUUUGACAAAAGAUUUUUUAUCAGCUCUCAGUGACACCAAUUUAGAACUAAAACUUCCAAAUGCUCUCAGUAAAGAAUGCCAAACAAGUUUCAGUCAGGCAAUCAAAAGGGCCAGAAUAACUGUUACAGGUGCGGAAAAUCAGGCUAUUUCAAAAAAAGAAUGUCCAGAGAAAGAAAAAUUGAAUAAACGAUGGGUCUUGAGAUCCGCUCUGAACUUCGCAAGUGAUGAAGAAGCAGUGGCCAGUGCAAGAGAACAAGAUAUGAAGAUAUAUGAGAAAAGAAAAAGGCACGAACAACUAGAAGAGCAGCAGAGUUAA